AUGUUAAAAUGGGCAAUCGAACAAAUACAAUCAAACCAAAAGGUUAGACAAUUACUAGAACCAUUGUUAAUGGCAUUUAAAGAUGGAGUCAAAGAUGAACAACAAGUAAAGAAUCGUGAUGAAAUCAUUGAUUAUAUACUAUUUCAAUUGUUUCCUAGUCGUCAACAUGUAUUGACAGAAUUUGCAUGCAGUAUUUCGGUUCAAUCAUUAAAACUAAGAGCUAAAAUGUACCAAUACAUCACAGAGAGGAUACCAUCCUUUCAAAAGACCAAAUCACAUUUAAAAAUAUUAAUCAUCGAUGCAGUUAGAUAUGGACAUUUAGAUCUUUUAAAAACCAUCCAACAAAAGAAUGGUAACAGUCUUUUCAAUUUUGAAGAUUUGUACAACGACGCUACAUCAACUGGAAACUUGGAAAUACUCAAAUAUCUACUCGAAUUAAAUCCACAAAACGAAAAUGGAAGAAUACUAUUGACAAUAUUAAACAAUGCAGUUGAUAAUCGUCAUCUUCAUAUUAUUGAAUACCACAUUCAAAAUCAUAAUCUACAACUUCCAUUUUCUACAAUUCAAAAGGCAAUUGAUAAAGGAAAUAUAGAUAUUUUAAAAUGUUUAUUGAAAAGUCAAAAUAGAGGAUGUACAAUUGAAAGUGUUUUCAACACUAUUAGCCGAAAUCGUACUGAUUUAUUCAAUGUAUUGGUUGAUUAUAUACCAACGUUUCAAGAUCAAUUCAAUCUUGAAGAGAUUAUUGAAAUGUCAUUGAUUAAUAAUAGAUGGCAAGUAUUGGAAAUUGUAAAGACUAAAUUUGGUGUUGGUCUUUCAUCAAAUUUGUCAAAUGUAAUAUUAGGAGAUACUAGUACACUCAAAUACUUGUAUCAUAAUAGAAUAGAUGAUUCUUCAUUGGAACAUUUAUUAGUAUCAAGUGCAAUUCCAAUGGAAUCAAUAGAGUCGAUUGAAAUGAUUGAUGCAGAGCACCCAAACAUACUCAAAAGCCUUAAAGUGUUUAAUAUUAAUGAAUUAAAGCCAUCUAUGCAAACCAUUCAAUACCUGUUGUCUAGAAUGGAUAAACCAAAAUACAAAACACUCUUUAAAAAAGCCAUUUCAAUUGGUCGAUUGGAUGUGGCAGAUUACCUAUACCAAAAGCUACCACUCAGUCACCUGGGAACCGACCAUAUCUAUCAAAAGAAAGUUUUAUGUCAAUUGGUACAAUUGUCGAGAUUUGUCAGUGACCAAAAAUGUCUACAGACACUCAAAUGGGUGUUCGAACGCUUUGACCAUAGCCAACCAACAGUUGGCAUGCGUCUAAAAGAAAACAAAAACAUGCUCCAAGAAGUUUUUGAGCAUGCGGUUGCCCAUCGCAAUCUACCAAUCAUUCAAUAUAUAUGGGAUACAUUUGGUGGUGACAGUACAUCGAUUGUAAAAGUGAAUGGUUACAUGAUACCAUCAACAGUCAGUAGAUCAGAUUCUAAUCUAAAGUGGCUCUUUAUGCAUUUCGAUUCAAUUCCUUCAUCAUCAUACUCGAUUGGUCAAUUUGGAAUUGAUUUCAAAGAAGCUGCUCGUCUAGGUCAUUUAUCAACUAUCAAAUGGCUUGUAGAGAAUGAUUACCACAAUCGUUUCCUCUCUUCAAAAUUUGAACAACAGUCUCUUGACCUAACAAACAAAUUAGUCCUUGAAACCUCAAGAUAUCUCUUUGAGAAUGGUGUCAUUGAUGCUCCAUCAUCUCUCAAUCAAUCAUUGAUUACACUUUCAAAAAAUUUGAUGCUGAAUCGAUCCAUUGACGAAAUAUUACUCUUUCAUGACAUGGGCAUCCCUCUUUUACCUCUCUCUUGUUUUCAUUCUGGAUCGUCGAUUGAACAUUCUAGUGUUGUUCGAUUAAUUUAUUUUAGUGAUCCAACCAUUCAAAUGGAUUUGUGUUCAGUAGGUGAGUACUACUCCCUAGAUAUUAAUAUUGCAAAGAUAGAUACAAUAAUGAUUAAUAAUAAUAGUAGUAGAGAAGAGUUAUUUUCAAGAUUGUUUAGAAAUGUGAUUAUUAGAAGAUAUGGGCAACUAAAAGAUAAUAUUGAUCAGUUGUCAAGAUACGGAUAUAUUGAUCAAAUUAAAAAGGUGGUUGAAUAUCAAGAACAAGUGGUCUAUUCAAAGUAUCGUUGGGCUAGUGAUAAAGAUAGAGAUAUACCAUAUACUCCUCAUUUGGUGACUGUUAUCAAAUGUGUAGUUAGAGAUGGAUACUUUGACUAUAUUCAAGAGAUUUGGAAUAGGUUGUCAUCUAGAUUACCAGAAGUAUCUCAUGCAAUCAUACGGUAUGCUGUAUACUAUAAUCAAUUUAAAAUAUUCAAAUGGGCAGCUGAUCAAGCAAAAGAUAAAGUAAAUGAUACCUUGUUCAAAGCUAUCAAAGAUGGUAUUAAAGACGAGAAACACCUAAAGAAUCGAGAUGAAAUCAUUGACUAUCUACCAUUUGAAACGUUUCCAAAUGUCUUUGAUACCUGGCCAACCAAAGUCACAUUGCAGUCAUCUAAUCUACAAGCUAGAGUGUAUCGAUACCUCGCUUCAAAUUUAUCAUCCUCUCAACCAAAUUUAAAGACAUUGCUGGAGAAACAUUUGAGAAAUUUAUUAGUCAGCAUAGUUCGAUAUGGAGAUAUAGAUCUUUUCAAAACUAUUCAACAAAAUCAAGGUAAAGGUCUAUUCAAUUUUGAACAUUUAAUGUGUGAAGCUACGUCAUCUGGAAACUUGGAGAUGCUCAAACAUUUAAUUCAAACAAACCCAUCAAAGGAUAAAAUACCAUCGUCUGUAUUGGAUAAAGCAGUUGAUAAAGGUCACCUCCAUAUUGUAAAAUUCAUAACCAAUCACGGAUCACAUUGUACUCUAGAUACAAUUCAAAUAGCAAUUGAAAAUGGAAAUAUAGAUAUUUUAGUCUAUUUACUUCAAAGUGAAAAUGAAGGAUGCUCAUUUCAAAGUGUUUGCCAUAUAAUUGAUGAAAAUCGUACCGAUUUAUUCAAAGCACUGGUUGACUAUUUACCACUAAAAUACCAAAGUAUAUUCAAUGAAAAAGAUAUAGUCAAAAGGGCAUUACUAAAAGGUAGAUUGGAGGUAUUAGAGAUUAUCAAAAUGAAAUUUGGAGUUGGUUUACCACGCAUAUUGACAGGAAACCAUACCAAUAAUAAUAUUCUUCAAUAUGUAUAUCAGAAUAGAAUAGAUGAUUCAUCAGUUGAACACUUAUUAAUAUCAAAUGCAAUUCCAAUGGACUUGCUAGAGUCGAUUAAAAUGAUUGAUGCAGAUCAUCCACACCUACUUAAAAAAUUCAAUAUCAAAUGGUCGGUUGGAUUUGGCAAAAUAUCUAUUCCCUUUUAUUCAAAUGACACAAUCUUUAACCAAGGGCAAACAUUAUCAGAUUUAAUAAGGUCUACCAAACAAACCAACGACAAUGUUUGUGUAGAGAUAUUUGAAUGGCUUACACAGCGCUUUACAAACGACAUUUUACAAAGAAAAGAACAGCUUCAAUUAGUAUUUGAAUCAACAUCCUCAUAUCGCAGUCUGACAGUGAUUCAAUAUCUUCGAGGCAAAUUCCAAGGCACAGUACAAGUAACUAGUAGAAUGAUUUCAUUGUCAAUAAAUGCCAAAAGACCAAGUCAUCUAAUAUGGCUAUUUUCUCAAAUCAAUCUCAAUGUCUAUCUCUGUCAACCCCAAUUUAAAAAAGAUUUCAAUCAGAUGGCUCAAUUGGGUUAUUUGGAGGCUCUCAAGUGGAUUGUUGAAAAUGGACACCACCAAUCUAUCUCAAAGACAGAUGAAAUAUCUCUUUACUUUACCCACGAAUCAGCACGUAAAACCACAAGAUACCUAUUUGAGAAUGGUUUUAAGAUUAAAAAUUCUCAAGUCCCUAAAAAGUUUAUUCGCUAUUCUAUCGAUUUGGAUCCAGACCUCUUUCUACUCCUCAUUGACAUGGGAAUACCUCUUUUUCCUUUGAUUGGAGGUUUCCAAUUCUCAUUGGAACAAGCUUGUAUUGUUCGAUUACUUUAUUAUAACAAUCAAAUAACAGAUGAUAAUAUGAAUAUUUAUCGAGAUAAUAUUAAAAACAACAAUCAAUUCCCCAUAGAUUUAUUGUCUUCUUUUAAAAGUGGAUUUAUUGUCAGUUCGCAAUCAACUCAAAACUGA